UUACAGUUACCGUGGAGACCACUCAACAAAGCUUGUCUAGUUGUUUUGGUUGGAGAGCUUGGCUAGCUAGAGGAUAAAUACUAGCCAGUUACCUAGCUAACUUACAAUAAGUACACAAACAUAACAAGCAUCUGCACCACCAUGGCUCACGUUAGGACAUACAGACCAGACGUCCGUGUUGGAAACUGGAGGGAGGACGUUACAUUGGAGGAGGACACACUGAAGGACUUCUUGGAUAGGAAGGAGAGGGGAGAGCUGAUGGUGCAGAAAACUGGGUUCCUCAAACAAAACAUCCUCAAACAGGUUAGCCUGUCUGUUUCUGUGGGAGGUGCAGUGUGUUUUGGUGAUGUUGUGAUGCUGGUGAAUGUGUGCGGAGACAACAGCUGCUCAGUCAGCAUCUACGCUGACCUGACCAACCUGGGGGAGGGGCCUAGUCCAGCCAUUCAGGCUCCCUGUGGGGUCAGUGGGGGGAGUCUGCAGCCAUGCACACGCAACGCAUUCAUCAUCAGCAGUGUGGAUGGCAGUGCUGAGGGAGAGCCUCUGCGCUACAAUCAGAGUUUCGCCCUCAGAACAACUAGUGGCUUUGCUGGAGGGUUGUAUCUGACGAGUGACCACAAGACCUUCCAGAAGUGUGCCAAGAAGUCCCGCCUCCAGGAAGUGAUCAUGGAGCAUCAGGCUAACUUCCUGUCCUGGUGGAAGGUUCUACACAAUGACCCUCAGGAAAGACUGGAGCAUGAGGGGCUGCCUGUUCCUGCCAACAGUAAAGUGCUCAUCUCCCACUGCAAGACCAACCAGGCUCUAGCUGUUCUAGGACAACACAUCCUGUGGACUCCGUAUGGUAAAGAAUAUGAGGUGACAGCCCACACCUUCCUGGACUCCCAUAAGGCUGAGCGAGACAUCAACCAUUGGCUGCUGCUGACCGCUGACCCUGCAGGGGCCCGGCUUACUCUACUGGACCACCCAUAGACACACAAUGGCACUUAACACACACACAACAGGGAAUAUGAAAUUAAGUGGCACAGUUUCAAUAAAGGUUUGAUUCUGA